UUCAAAACAAACAGCGCGUCAAGAUCUGACAGUCACUUGAUUCAUUAGCAUCUGACUUACACCAUUGGCUUAUUUGGACCGAAAAAAGGGAAUUGAAUAGGGAAGAUUUUCAUGUUAGAAGUUCAGACUGAAGCGCCCAAUACAUCAGGACCGGAAUGUCAUUGGAUUUAGAUUAUGGAAAGCAGGAGCACUGUUCACAGUGAGGAGAAAACAUACACAUGUUCUGUGUGUGGUCGAAGAUUCAUCCGAUCAUCUGGCCUGUCAAGACACAAAGUCUCUCACAGUGAGGCAAAACUAUGGAAAUGUCAGGACUGUGGGAAGGGAUUCAGUUACCCAUCUGAGCUGGAAGCUCAUCGACGCAGUCACACUGGGGAGAGACCAUUUAUCUGCUCUAAAUGUGGGAAGGGAUUCAUUCAGUCAUCUCACCUGCUUACACAUCAACGGGUUCACACUGAUGAGAGACCUUUUAAAUGCUCUGACUGUGGGAAACAUUAUAAAAGUUUCAAGGAAUUGAUGUCCCAUCAAGGCAUUCAUACUGACAAGAAAUCAUUCAGGUGUUCUCACUGUGGAACUGGGUUCAGACGAUCAUCUCAACUCACUGUACACCAGCGCAUUCACACUGGAGAGAGGCCAUUCACCUGCUCUGAGUGUGGGAAACGAUUCAUUCAGGUAUCCAACCUGCAGAGUCACCAGCGAGUUCACACUGGGGAGAGACCGUUCAUCUGCUCAGUCUGUGGGAAGGGAUUCAUUAAUUCAUCUAAUCUGUUGAUACAUCAGCACGUUCACACUGGGGAGAGACCAUUCACUUGCUCCACCUGUGGGAAGGGAUUCAUUCGAUCAUCGCACCUGUUGAGGCACCAGCGAGUUCACAAAUAACGACAUUGAUGGGGUUUUAUUGUGAAUCACAUUUGGGACUAAAUUAUAGUAAUAGAAGCAGGAGUAGGCCAUUUGGCCCAUCGGGCCUGCUCUGCCAUUCAUGAGGAUCAUGGUUGACCUAUCUAUUAUCUCAGC